AUGUCCGGCAUAGAGGUUGCCGGGCUGGUGCUGGGGGCCUUCCCCAUCGUAUGCGGCGCUGCCAAGGGGUUGAAGCCCGUCUUCUGCAACGCUAGGUCAUGGUGGAGGUUUGAAACGUCGUUUGAGAUGUUCGCAGCUGCCAUUUCGACGCAGGAGAUUGCGUACCGUCAAGUUCUGAAGCGGCUCGUCGAGCCCUUGGAUAUAUCCGACGCCGAGUAUGAGAGCCUCGUGACGGACCCAAACUCGCCAUUGUGGCACGAACGACAUGUUCGAGCCGAGCUGUUGCAGAGGCUGCCAGGGGAGGAGCACUAUUGGUUUAUGGAGAACUUGACGAGUCUGAAAACUUCAGUAUUUGAGCUGCAGAAAUUGCUCCCUCUGGAUAAGAUCCAGCAAAUUGAUUCAAAGAGCCUGGAGAGUGAGUUGUGGAGACUUCAGACAAGCUUCAGCAACGAAAAGGAUCGACUUCUAGCUCGAAUCACAGCCGUCAAUGACGAUCUGCACAUGUAUCUAGACAGGGUCCCCGAUGUAUCGGCCCAAUCAUCCUCCAAGGCGAUGCCCUUUAAAGAGCUGCAGACACAGGCCUGUGACAUCUACGAAUGCCUAGCAGCGCUCUGGCAGUGCAGCUGCAUAGACCAGCACACCCUGGGGAUGACGGUUCAUUCGGGGCUCAAGGCUUGCCAGGCUGCUUGUAAACAGAGCGCGCUGAAUAUGCUCUUUGAGAGCCAGUCGCACAUAAAGCAGUUGAGGAUCCGCAUUGAACAAAGUUCCGACAAUGCGGGAGUUAAAGACGUUGUCCCGAAGUUGGACUUGGAGGCAACGACAGCGUUCAAAAGGGAGAUGAUGGUGAGGAGACAUCAGAAAGAAGCCUUGGCGGCCAUGUCUGAGGACGGAAUAUCUGCUUUAGCCAUCUCCUCUUUACCCACGAGCAAGCCCUUGGUGCCCCCAACUGUGCAGCGUAGCUCGAUACUGAAACGAGCGAAGAAGAAACUAAAAGGAUUUUCUGUGCUCAGAUACGGCACCGGUAAACCUCAGAGUCAGACGUCAGCCCCGUCCGCAUCGAAUGCUUGGGUCCUUUCCGCUGCAAACUCCACGGCACCAACCUCGCAUACGGAAGACUCUUCUGUGUCUUCUGGAUCACUCAAUAAUAGCAUACAAAUCGAAGGCAACACACCUUCAAAGAAGUUGCAAGUACGAUUCGCCGAGGACGACGACACGCCAUCAUCCCCAUCAAACGACACGAUGACACAAAGUUCGGUGAAUAUCUGUCAGUUCGCUGUGAAUGGCGCCACGAGUGGGACAAACAAUUUCGUCUCAUGGAGCACGAAGAAGAACAAGGUGACUAUCGAGCAUACGCCGCCUGACCAAACACCUCUCCAGGCUCCAGAGAUGCUCCAUCUCGACGCCCUGAUCGGACGGAUGCCGCGACGCCUGGAUCGGCUGUGCGUAGGCAUGCAGUUCAUGUUGACAUUUCUGAGCUUGGUUCACUCGGCGUGGGUCCCCGCGUCGCUUAGCAAGAGUGACAUGCUCCUCUUAUGCGAGCAAGGGGCAGGAAGCGGACAGAAACUAGGGAAAGUGGUCGGGCCAUACUUUCUAUGCACCUCACAGGCAAUGAAAGAGUCCAUCUCGAAGACAUGGCACGCCAAGUCGUCUCUCCUGCUACUAGGCGUCAUCCUGCUGGAGCUGUUCCACGGUCAGAGGCUGGAAGAGCAGGAGUGUUGGGAGGCAUGCUUGGUCGAAGGGGAGCCGAAUGAGAGCACCUUGAUUUGCAGCGCAUACUUGUGGACGGUGCAGGGCCAAGAGACGCUGGAAAAGUUCUUUGGCAAGGAGGUGGGGGGUGGUUUGUCCGAGGCGAUCCGGAAAUGUGUCUGCUUCGAGUUUGGGUACAACCAAGACUUUGGGGAUCCAAAGCUGGUGAAUCUGGUUUAUAGGGAGGUUGUGGUGCCCCUGCAGAAGUGCUGCCCAACAUAUGUCUUAUAA